UUCAAAAAUGGGAUUGAGUUUGGUGUAAAUGGUUGGAGAUGGCCUAAUGGCAGGAUGAAAGGGGUACGUGGUUAAGAAGAUAGUUUCGUAGGAUUAUUUUAAGGUCAUGUUCAAGUCUUCAUUUAAUUGGGUCAGAUUAAAUUUUCCAAUACGCAGCAGAUGUUCGAUGAAAAUCCCAACUGAAGACUAUAAUAAUUUUGGUGGAAAUGUUGUUUUGCAAGAGGCCAAGAAUGAUCCGGAUAUGGAGCCCAGAAGAGCCAAGUUAUACAAUGCCAAAUCGAGGCAGACCUAUUCAACUGGCAAGAGGACUGCAAAGGGGCCGCAGUUGUCUGAAAUCCAAACAGAGAAUAAGCCAAAGGGAAGAAUCAAUUUGGUAGGGAAUGGAACCAUGGCAGAAUAGCAACAACACAAUAUUCCCUAUUGAGAGACAGCUAAGCAGUACCUUUCCCCUCCCCAAUGAUGAAGGUGGUUUUGUUGCAUCAAAGAGUCAACAGAUAAAGGGGGGCAUAACAUGAUCAUUUACCUCCCAGUCAAGAAGAUUGUGGAUUGCCCAAUAGCAUCACUCACCACUCUAAUUCAAAAUUUUGCUGCCUGCUUUUUUCAGUUUCUCAACCCUCUCCAUAAAUAGUAUUUGCCUUGUUCUUGGACCUAUUGAAAUGGAUCCUUCUAAAAUAGGCACUGAGGAAUGCAGCAGCAGUGAAUCCGGGUGGACGACGUACAUAGCCUCCCCAGACCUCGAGGACGAAUAUGCCGAUCAGAACGAAGAAGAUGACGACGAUGGUGAUGAUGAUGGCAAUGUAGCCCAAAAAGGGUUCAAAAAGGUUGCGCGAGAAGAGGCAGCAGCUGAUAGUGAUGAUUCGAUGGCCUCGGAUGCAUCCUCUGGUCCAAGUGAUCAAUAUUAUUAUCUCGGAAGAAGCCAUGGAGGUUUCAUCCAUGCAGGGAGAAACAAUCAAAGAAAGUGGACUGCAAAGAAGCAGGAAGAGAAGAAGAAACAGAUGAGAGGAGAAAAAGACAAAUCAGGCAACAGUGCAAGAAGAUUGAAGAAAUUUUAACCAUACUUUUUCUCAACAGCUCCACUUUUGUGAAGGUAUGCACAAAGUUUUGUAGCUCUUAAUCCAUGUUUAUAGCAAUAUCAUGGAGUAUAAAGAAAUGGGUUAGUAGAACAUGUUUUUACUGGGUUUUUUUUUUGUGGUUUAUGAUAUGGUCUCACUUGUAAAGUUACUGAAAAUGCAUAGACACUGUCAUGAUUUUGAGGCU